AUGGGUGUGGACCAAGCAAAUGGAGUUGUGAACUAUUGUAGACGACCACCACAAAGACCUUUCCUUCAGAGGAUACAAUAUGCGAUCUGGGAUCCGGAGGAACGAAAAUUUCUGGGUCGAACGCCAAAACGAUGGGGAGUCAUAGGCCUCAUCUACCUCGUGAUGUACAUCUGCAUUAUAAUUUUCUUCUCCAUCUGCAUGUGUGGUCUUCUCGCAUCUGUGGACGAGCAUAUACCCUACUUCACUCUCGCCGACUCCAUUAUUGGAAACAACCCCGGUAUGGGACAUAGGCCUGUUGUGUUUGAGGAGGGAGCUCUUAUCUGGUACAGACUGGACAAUGAAACCUCGUACAAAAAGUAUACGGACAAUUUAGAUGAAUUCUUAGCACCCUAUAAGAAUAAAUCUCUGCUAAUCAACAAAGGAGAGAAUCAAGUAGACUGUCAGCAGAAGAGGCCUCAUGCGGGUGAAGUGUGUGCCUUCGAUACGUCCCUACUGGGACCGUGUUCCAGUGAAAACGACUAUGGCUAUGCUGAUGGCACGCCCUGUCUUAUUAUAAAACUAAAUAAGAUAUACGAUUGGCAGCCCCAGUUUUACGACGACCCUGGUGACUUGCCAUCCAACAUGCCACCGGACAUCUUGAACUAUAUAAAUACCACUAAGACACCACAAGAGCGUCGCCAAGUAUGGUUGUCGUGCAAGGGCGAGCGGCCGGCAGACACAGAAUCACUGGGACCCUUGCGGUACUGGCCAUAUCCUGGACUACCGGAGAUCUAUUUCCCCUACAACAAUACACCCGGAUACCUCAGUCCUCUAGUCGCUGUGCAACUCUUGAAUCCUAUACGUGGUCAAAUAAUUAACAUCCGGUGCAGAGCUUGGGCGCGCAACAUUGUCUUCACUGAGAGUUUAAAGGAGAGAAUGGGCUCCACUCACCUCGAGAUUAUGGUGGACUAG